AUGAUAUUUCAAUGGUUUAUACUUUCGAUAAUUCAUUUAUUGAUACAAAUUGAAAGCACUAAUUCCAUAGCUUAUUCUUCAAACAGACGUAAUAUUACAUCAUCCAAUAUUCAGAACACGAAUGACACUUAUUAUGAAAAUAAUAUCUUUGGUUUAUCAAUAAAUAAACCUGAUGGAUGGUAUUCAAUGACAUCAGCGGAAAUACGGUGGGCAUUCGAAGAUUCGAUUAUUGAAAAUAUACCUUAUCAUAAUAGCUCAGUUGAUCCAUGGAUAAAAAAAUGUCAAUCAAUCGGUUUAUGGAAUGAUACUUAUGCUAAAGGCCACGUUGUUCGUGUAGAAGAUAUGGAUGUUUAUACAGUUGGUAGUGAUACAAAUUCAUUAAAAGAUUUAUCUAUAAUUGUUUUUUAUGAUAUUUUUGGAUUUAAUAUAAGUCAAACACGUGUAUUUUGUGAUCGACUUGCUGCUGAAUAUGAAGUUCAAGUUGUUAUGCCAGAUUUUUAUCGUGGUCAAUCGGCAUCAGUAACAACACCUCAUUUAAUAGCAUGGGUUGCUCAAGUUGGUAAUUGGUCUCAAGUAUCAAUUGAUUUGAUAAAUAUUGCUUCUUGGCUUCGAAAUACGUCAUCAUCAUCUCGUCGUAUUGCAGUCAUCGGUUUCUGUUGGGGUGGUCUACAAGUUGCUCGUGCUUGUUCGAAUCUAUCGAAUCUCUUUUUUACUGGUAUUUCUGUUCAUGGUGCAUGGUUGACAGAAGAGGAGGUUAAUAAUUUACAACAACCAGUCUUUUUUAUAGCUGCUGGUGAUGAUCCACCAUUGCAACCCAAUAUUUCGACUGUUAUAGAACAAUCGACAAGUUCAAGAGUAUCUAGCCAAUGUCAAUAUGAGACAUAUUCAAGCAUGACACAUGGUUUUGUAUCAAUGGGUGCUAAUUAUUCAGAUCCAUACAAUGUAGAAGCUAUUAAUAAAGUACAUACAAGUGUUAAGAUGUUUCUUGAUAAAAUUUCUCGUAAUUCAUCAUCGAUCAUAUCGUUAAUAUUAACUGCUCUUAUUUUUCCUGACGAAGUCUUUGUACAAAUAUUUCGAUAUACGAACAAAUUCGAUUUAUUUCGUGGCUUUUAUAAUUUAAAUUCACGUCUCAACCGUCUUGUUAAUCAAACACGGAUUUACUUUCAUAAUGAAUUAGACGAAGAACAUCGUCAAAGGAUUCUUCCAUAUAUUCAUCCACAACAAAUAUUUUCUUUUCAUAUGAAUGAACAAGAAUUUCGAUAUUCAAAAUUAAAUAAAUGCGUCAAUCUUCGUGAAUUAGAAUUUCACACACGUCGAGGUUAUACUAAUAUUAUGUAUGACCAUCCUGACUUGAAACAUGUCAAACCAUCAGUGUUUCCACAUUUAAGGCAGUUAAUAAUUCAUAUUCAGACAGGUUCAAGUAGAUAUCCACAAUUGUGUAAAAUGAUAUUUGGUAAUGAGUUUUCAGUGUUACGAACCGUGCAUUUGCCAUAUGCUAAUAGAGGAUAUGAAUCUUCAGUAAAAACAUGGUCAACUAGUUUAAAGUAUCUUACAAUUGGCUGCUGUAACAAAUCGGUAUUUUAUUCGUUACUUGAAAAUUUACCAAAUCUUAAGUAUUUUGAAUGCAAAUUUGGUAUAGAUAAUGGAACAGGAAUGAAAAAACCAAAUUUAUCAUUAACAGGUAUAACAUUGACAAUGUAUUAUGAAAUACCAUCAAGCAGUUAUUAUCAUUCAAACACGAGUUUGGAGACAUUAAUAGAACUAUAUAAAUAUUUACCAAAUUUACAACGCACACUUCUAUUUGUUUCUGACCCUGAUUCAUUAGUAAGGAUAGUUGAUAAGUUAAAUCGUAUCCUAUCAAACUGUCCAAAAUUAAAAACAUUAGAUUGUGUUAUUACUUAUUAUAAUGAAUGUUCAAUAUCCAUCAAUGAUAUUAAACAGCGUUAUUCAUUAUUUCAAAAUUGUGAAGCCUCUACUUGGAAAGAUGGAGGAGGAAUAGGAUAUAGGUGUCGAAUAGUUCGAUAUAAUUAA